UGCCGAUGAAACGAAAAUACAGAUUAACGCUGCCAAUUGAAUUUUAAUUUAUUUAUAAAAAUAACAAAAGAAUAGUGUAAAAAGUAGAUUAAAUUGUGGCGCAUGUGUCGAUGCACCAACAGUGAUAUAAGCAAAGUACAAAAUACAUUCUCUUUUCCAUUUCGCUUGCGGAUAUUUAUUCAACCGCAGACAAAGGAUAGUUAACAACGCAAGCACACAGUCACGACUCGACGAUGUCAACCGGAAGGCCCAUAAAAUGUGUCGUCGUUGGUGACGGCACUGUUGGAAAGACUUGCAUGCUAAUCUCCUAUACAACAGACAGUUUUCCCGGUGAAUAUGUGCCUACAGUUUUUGAUAAUUACUCCGCACCCAUGCAAGUGGACACGAUACAAGUAUCGCUGGGCUUGUGGGAUACAGCUGGACAGGAGGACUAUGAUCGCCUGCGACCGCUUUCCUACCCACAGACAGAUGUUUUCCUGAUAUGCUACAGCGUGGCGAGCCCCUCGUCGUUUGAAAAUGUCACAAGCAAAUGGUAUCCGGAGAUAAAACAUCACUGCCCCGACGCGCCCAUUAUAUUAGUUGGAACAAAAAUCGAUUUGCGUGACGAUCGCGAGACAUUGAGCGGUCUGGCCGAACAGGGCCUGACGCCGCUUAAGCGCGAGCAAGGUCAGAAGCUGGCAAACAAAAUACGAGCUGUGAAAUACAUGGAGUGCUCCGCCUUGACGCAGCGUGGCCUAAAGCAAGUGUUUGAGGAAGCGGUACGCGCAGUGUUGAGGCCAGAGCCAUUAAAGCGACGCCAGCGAAAGUGCUUAGUUAUGUGAAGAAGACGUGGCUUACUUGCAGAGAAUACUCGACACACCACACAGACACCAAUGGAGAACGCCCUCAACUACCUAAGCGUAAACAAAUCAACUGGAAAUUGUUUGAUUCAUUGAGCAACAUUAAUUUAUAUCUGUUUAAGUUGAAAACAACUCGAAUAUGUUUAAUUUUCAUGUAGGCCGCAUGGCACAAACACUACGACUCCCUCCCGUUAGAGCUAAACAAACAAGAACAACAACAGAAAUCUUUAUAAUUCGAAAAAACAGCUACUCAUGUAUGGAAAUCUAGUCAAUUGAAUCGAAUGUAUUGUACUAACUAUAAACAGUAACAAGAGAGAGUAACAGUAACAGGGCAAAGACAGCUUCGUAAAAGAAAAAUAUAAACAUUGGUUUCGCAUAUCAGUGCUAAAAUGUAUGAAUAUUUAAGCAUUUUCCUAAUUUCUUCAUUAAAUGUAUUAUAAUUAUGUAGCCAAGACGUUUCCUAAUUUAAACAAUAACCAAACCACUUGACGCUGAGUUCUUUAAAGCAUAUAUAAAUCAUUUUCAUGCUAAAAUCAUCUUAUUUUUUUCGAAAAUUUUAAAAACUGUUGAUUAUUAUUUGUAUAUUAACUUAUUUAUUGUCCUAACUAUAUGAAUGCAAAGUUUAUACAUUUAUGUUUUAAGUAGCGCAAAAAAGAAAGCAGAAAGGGAAAGGCAAACUGCAUUUAAAUGUGACUUGACUCGAAUCAAAACAAAACAACAAAACAACAUAUAAAUAUAGUAAUAAAAACCAAGCACAGCAUUUUCUAAACACAACGGUUAGAGCAGAAUUAAGACCAGAACAAAAGAAC